GGGGCUGGGGCGCGCUGUAGCCCGGAGAGAGCCGGAGAGAGCGAAGCGGGGAGCCCGGCUCAGCGCCCCGAGUCCUGCCCGGCGCUCGCUGCCCCCGGGGGGCGCUUCCCCGCCGCCUCGCUGGAUGCUCGCCCCGCAGCGCCCGGCCCCGCAUGCCCCGAGCCGCAGCGCAGAGCCGCCCCCGGGGUCCCCGUAACAGCCCGAGCCCGGCCCCGCAGCGACCGCCCCGCGCCGCUCCGCAUGGACGGCCAGGGCGUCCCGGGCGGCUCCAGCCCUGCCCGGGGCAGGAGCGCGGCGGGGAGACCGUCCCGGCUCCCCGGGCUCUCCGGCGGCUUCCCCCGGGGGGCCAGCGGCCUCUUGUCGCCGGGGGUCCUGUCUCCAGUCACCAACCUGACCCUCAAUCUGAACAACCUGGCCGGGCUGGGAAGUCCAUAUGACACCCCAAAGAGGAAGAAGCUGGGGAUCGGCUUCAAGAGCGAAUGGUCUUCGGUGUCACAGGACUCCGUCUCGUCUGAGUCGUCGCAGGACUCCGGGUGGUCCGAGUCUUUGGAUUCAGGAGUUGGGCUGGAUUCCCCUGGACAGCUGGACCCAGAACCCUUUGAAGAAGUCUUUGAGAAAGCAAUUCUGGAAUCGGGAAGAGUUGUCAAAGGCAACAGAUUCCCCGUCCGGAGGAUCCACUCCCUGCCGGAGAGGCUCCUGGGCACCAGUCCUGCCCUGAAACACAUUUCCAGCGCCAAGGAGUUCAGCAGCCCGGAGACACAUGAAUGGCCCUCGCGCCGGAAAGAGAACAAGGAGAAUGCGGGGUUUGUAUUUAAGAUACCGCUGAGGCCCACGAAUCACAGCCGGCUUCACCCCUUCGAUGGGAGCAGCGAGAAGGACCCUUUUGCACAGAGACCAAACUCCGCCCCGGACCUCCUGUGUGGCACCCCCGAGAAGGAGAACAUGGGGAUGGAAGCCGAGAGCCCAGUGAGCCUGCGCCGCUCCUCCCUGACCUCCUUCGUGACCGACGAGGAGGAGGAUGAUGGGUUUAUGAUGAUCCUGGACGAGGAGGAGCUGAAGGGCGAUGCGGACGUGCCGCUGGGGAUGGAGAACCUGCUGACUGCCCCACUGGUGAAAAAGGAAGGCGCUGAUCUGAGGUUGGUGAGACGCAGCAAAUGUCGCCAGCUCUUCCGGUCCCCCUCCAUGCCCAGCAGCGUGAUCCGGCCCAUCCUGAAGCGUCUGGACAGGCCACAGGACAAAGACACUCCGGUCAAAACCAAGAGGCGGAAGAGCGUGGCUGGCACCCCGAUCGAGGAGAAGGCGGAGGAGCCGAAAGCACGGCUGUUGCGCUCCAGGUCCUUCUGCCAUGAUGAGAUUGAGAACAUCUUGGAUAAUGACCACCGAGAACUCAUCGGGGACUUCUCAAAGGCCUAUCUUCUACAGACUGUGGAGGGGAAACAUCAGGACUUGAAAUACAUCUCCCCAGAAAUGAUGGUGGCCGUGCUGAACGGCCAGUUCAAUAGCCUCAUUGAGAACUGUGUGAUCGUGGACUGCCGGUAUCCCUACGAAUAUGAAGGAGGUCACAUCAAGGGGGCUGUGAACCUGCCGCUGGAGCAGGACGUAGAGGACUUCCUGCUGAAGAACCCCAUCGUCCCGUUCGACGUGCAGAAGAGGGUGAUAGUGAUAUUCCACUGUGAAUUUUCUUCGGAGAGGGGUCCCAGAAUGUGCCGGUUUGUCAGGGAAAAAGAUCGGGCACGCAACGAGUACCCCAACCUACACUAUCCCGAACUGUACAUCUUGAAAGGAGGAUACAAAGAAUUCUUCCCGCAGUACCAAGCACACUGUGAACCUCGGGACUACCGUCCCAUGCACCACGAGGACUUCAAGGAGGACCUGCGGAAGUUCCGCCAGAAGAGCCGCACGUGGGCAGGAGAAAAGAGCAAGCGGGAGCUGUACAGCCGCCUCAAGAACUUCUGAAGGGGGACAGGGUGGGGGGGCCACAGGGCGACUGCCACAUGCAUUGAAGAGAGACUUGACACACCUUGCCACAAGGCUCGGGCUGGUUCCCAAGGUGAGAACCGUUCUGCUGAGCCAGUUUCUUUGGACACGGUUGGAGAUCCAUCUACUCCUUGGCCAGGAAGCCAUGGGACAGAGUAACACAUGCACAUACCUCCCGUAACCGCACAUACCUCCCAUAACGACAGAACUGUGUGGCGCUCAAGGGCUUCCGAAUCCCCUGGGCUAGUUGCCCUCUCCAUGCUGUGAAACUCCUACCGGGGGUAGGAUUUGUAGCUCUGACAUUGACCCAGAUCCUCCAUGAACGUGUGGUUGCACUGGACAUAGAAGCUAGGCUGGAUAUUUCAGGUACCAUGCGAGGGUCGGCUGACGCUGUCCAAGUCUGUGUGUUUCAAGUGCCGACUGUUCUCUGACCUGGUUGGUGGGAUCAGCUUUCAGGAUCUGCAGUGGCUCCCGCACUGCCUUGAGGAGGUGAAAACCAGUGCGCCGUCGAGCAUCCACCAAUUGCUGCAAAAGGUGUGAGGGUUGCAUCAGCCCCCUGCAAGCUGUUCUGAGUGUGGAUGUGUGUGUCCACAAGCUUCAGUCUCUGGAAAGGUUAAACAAACCAAAUGCAAUCGGAAGCUGACUCGGGGGAAGGUCGUGCUUGACUGAGAUCUUCAUUUUGGCCCAGCUCAGUUUCUUAGGCCUCCUGGAGCCGCAUGGCCCUUGGGUGCAGCGUGGAUUGCUGUCUUAGCCAGGGACGUUGUUUGUCCUUUUAAUCUUACAUGCAUUGUUUAAAUCAUGGCCAAGAGUGGGAAUGCAAGGGGUGGGGGUGUUAAAAAGAGGGGCCUCGGGGUCUGGGGGAAAGCUCCAGGAUUUGCCAAAUUCAGUGCUGAAAAAAGCUCUGCUAGACAGGCACCCCAGUGCCUUUUUUAAUCUGCUCUUGAGGUCAGAGACCGUUCCCUUAACGCCUGCCAGGUCACACCUAGAGUGCCUGUUUGUGGCACAAGGUGGAAAUACCAACUUCUGCCUGAGGCAAUGCUGCUGGGCAGGACUUGUGACGUGACUGAAAGCAAAUCCUGUGAGGCGCCUAGAUCAGAGGGUAGCGAAGCAUCCAACCUCUGGACUGCGGCGGUCCUGCUAGGCUGCAAAAUUGCUUGCUUCAGGGGACCUUGGUUAGCCUAAACUGGCCACUUUAUCUCCCUCCUAGGGGAGGUGGGGAAGGCUCUGCAGCCUGAGGAUUGGCUUUGCUUCCUCCCUCUACAUCACAAUGCUCAGUUCAGGGAGGCAGCAGAGUCUGGUGGUUAGAGCCGAGCCUGGGGAAGUCAGGGCCACCUUGGUUUCUUGAGUUAGGCUCUGGGCCGGAGUCUCCUCUUAAUUACAGGUGUAAAAACCCAGUUUAGCUCCAUUGACUUCAGUGGGGUCAAUCCAGAUUUUCAUCAGGGUAAAUUUAGAACCGAAUUAGGGCUUUAACCUCUCGCUGCCUCAGCUUCCCCAUCUACGUGUUUUAGGAUUUGACACUGCUGCCCAUCACUGUAGUAUCUGACCGCCUUCCACAAAUACUGACCCGUCUUUGCACAAGUGGGCGAGGGGUAAAAACGCCAUCCGGGGAGCUUGUUGUUGUGCAAAUGUAUCUUUUGUAGGCUAGCUUGUGUUCUUCUCUGUGACCAGUGGAAUUCUGGGGCCUGAUUCACCAUUGCGAUGCUCAAUGAGUGUAAUUGAAAGUGAAACAGUAGGAACCUGACUUCAGGGCUAUCCCACGGGUGUAUCUAAUGGGUGAUAACUAGUGUGAAUUGACCCGAUGAAACCAGACAGGCUGUGAAACCGAGAAUCCUGCAGCCUAUCCGAAUAGCCAUGUACUAAAACCACCUGGGAGAAAUUCUUCCAUCCCGUGUUCUGUGAUCAUCCUGGGCAGCUAGGCCUGUGUUGGCCCCUCUGGCGCUUCCUAAGUGAAGGCGACCACAAGGAUUGAAUCUAACUUAAUAGCAAGAAACUAGAAGCACUGGGAUGCCCACACCGGGGCUCAGUUAGCAGCGAUGUGGGAAAAGCACUUAAACCUAAUUUGCAGCUAAAGAGCAAGACUGGCUGUAGCUUUGUGCCUGCGUAAGGGCCUGAUGCUCUGCUUGCUCUGGCGUAAAUCAGGAGUAACUGCAUUGGAGUCCGAGUGAGGACGGUGUCCCGUGAAAGGGGAGGCGAGAUCAGGCGGUGCCUCCGGCACCAAUCCGAGUUCUGAAUCAUUGGGAACAUUAACUCUUCGAUUGCAUCUGACGCAAGGUGUGUGUUGGGUUUUUUUAAUUAUUUAACAGAUUUUGUAUUUUAAUAAUACUAUUUCCGGAUAUGUUCAGCCAUUUUUAUGUGGUGGGGGGGGAGGGUUUCCAGGGUUAUCUUUCAUGUAUAUUUAUGACCCAAAACUUUCCAAUGUGUUCCAAUGUCUAUUUUUACAAAUGAUCAAAUCAGUCACUCGUGGAUGCAACAAGAAUAAAACCCCCUAUGUAGCUGGAGGCUUAAACGAUGUACCACUUGUAGCCCACACAGUGGGCUGGAUUCUGAGCUUGCAUCUUCCAGUGUAAGUAUGGAGCAAUGCCAUUGACUUAAGUGGUGGUAACUCGAGCUUUAAACCAGUCUGGCCCGCACAAUGGAAAUGCUACCCGAUCCGAACUUACACUGGUGUAAAUGACACCAUGAGCUGCAAGGCAGCAGAGACUCAGGCUAAACUACCCUCCAGUGUAAAUUUCCUCCCUUUAACAUAGGGGUACUCUGCCUCUACCGCGGCCUGUGUUGUACAGGAAACUCAUUGGAGUGAAGCUGAUUGCAGGGGUUGGGUAUUGUGAGCUGCGUGAUUGCUUUGUUUUCUUUGUCUGUACAUUUGUGUUAAAAGAUUUACACGCCCGUCAUGACUUAUUUCCCAAGGCAUCUCCUUAUUUCCUCUGCAGUGAUGUGUAACCAAGAGAAAAAUAAACUUCUGGGUCAAAAGUA